AAACAUUGUCCGUCAUCAAAACUGAACGUGCGAUAGGUUUUGUGCCGGAAGCAAUUUUGAUAUCAACAGAUACAUUUUGUCAAGAUACAGUCGAUGUAGUCGUUCUAAAACUAAAGAAAAUGUCUCAGAAGCUCUCCAGUGUCAUUGUAACUACAAGGAAAGUUACAAAUGAAGAGACAGGUAUUGACUUGCACGUAUAUGAAGAACGGAAAAACUUUGCUUCUAAACGAACAAUCAGGGCGACUGUUUAUAAUAUAAUUGUUGUAAGUAACUUACAGACACUUAAUGCAAAAGCAGGCGAAACAGUGCAGUAUACAAUCGACAAAUCUCAUGAUGAUUGCGAGAAAUUACAUAAGAAUUUAUCAAAAAAAUUUCCUGGAACGUUGAUCCCAGAGAUGCCAAGUAAACCUAUCCGCAUGAUGGACACAGCAGAAAAGGCGAAAACAAGGAAAUCUCAAGUCGGCAACUUUUUAGCCUUUUGUGCGAAGACGCCAAAAAUAAGCAAGUCAGAAGUAGUAUUAAAAUUUCUCGGCGUUGAAAAUGUAAAACUAGAUGGCAAAAGUGAAGAUGACGAGCCUAGCGAAAGUCAGGAAUCACCAACUCCACUGAUUUCCAAACCAAACGUUAACUUGUUUACUCCGGCCAUUGAUUCAUCUCAUGAAAUAUUUUCGGAAGAAAUGGAAAACCAGCAAGAAGAAGAAGGCGAGGAGGAGAUCGAUUACACACCACGUAAUUUAAAAAAAAGCAAAAAUAAAACAGAAGAAAUAUCUUCAUCCGGGCGCGAGGUGAAGUUAUUCGACGAUAAAGAUACCGAUACACCAAUGAUUGAAAAUGCUGUCGUAGCUCAAAAAAUAAAUGAGGUUACGACAGAACAGGAAGUGGAAGAUGGAUUAUUCGAUUAUGCAGAUAGUGACGAGGAUUUAGACGAGUUACUACGCAAAUUAGAAAACACAAAAAAUACGCGACAAGCAAGAGAAAAGGAUAUUGCGGAAAAAAGAAAGGCUGCACAAAACUCAAAUAUCAAAACGGCUGUAGAGCCAGAAGCGGGAGAUUUUGAUGUCAACGAUAUUUCUAAAUACAUAUCAGAAAACGUUGUGAACAUGAACGACCUUAACCUCGGUUUGUAACAUCAAUAAAAAAGUGAAACCGUGUUUAUAUACUAUAUAGCAGUGCAAUAUUGAGAUGCUUAUAUUGAUUUAUAUGUUUUAACUAUAUAUAUUCUAUUGCAAUAUUUCGCUAGUGUUUGAACUAACAUUUCAUCCAAUCGAUGAAACAGACAUUUCCAAACUACCAUUUUGUGAAUAUUUCCUAAUAAAAUAAUAGCAAACAUUUGUCAG